CCUCGCAGCUCCCCUGAAUGUGUUGCUCUCCGAGCUUCACCUGCCCCAAUCCACGGCUGGGAUGCGACCAGAGGACUGCGCCCGAUAAGCUUCACCUUCCACCCCGCUUUGGCCAACCGUGCGGCCUCCGAGCUAACCAUGCCGGCCUCAUUCAAGCCGGAUGAGACGGACCCGGUGUUGUCGACGCUGGAGUCGACGCCUGCUCCCCCAGAGCCCAAUGCUGCGGCGGCCUCGUACCGCUACAAGGCAGAUCUGCUCAACCGCGCCAUCCAAGACAUUGGGAUGGGAAGGUACCAAUGGCAGCUGUUUGGCGUCAUCGGGUUCGGCUGGGCCAGCGACAACCUGUGGCCCAUCGUCACCUCCCUCAUCCUCGUCCCCGUGUCCUAUGAAUUCCAUGUCGCGCAGCCUCCGUUGCUCUCUCUGGCCCAGAACAUUGGUCUACUGGUCGGUUCUCUGUUCUGGGGCUUCACCUGCGAUUUAUUCGGUCGCCGAUGGGCCUUUAACCUCACCAUCGCCAUCACCGCGGUCUUUGGCCUGGUCGCGGCCGGCUCGCCGUCCUUUGCCGUCGUGGGCCUCUUUGCCGCGCUGUGGUCUUUUGGUGUCGGAGGCAACCUGCCAGUCGACUCGGCCAUUUUCCUCGAGUUUCUUCCCGGGUCUCACCAGUACCUUUUGACUGUGCUGUCGAUCAAUUGGGCCCUCGCACAGGUGCUCGCCAACCUGGUCGCAUGGCCUCUAAUCGGGGAAAUGACCUGUUCAUCCGCAGAAACUUGCAGCCGGUCCUCCAAUAUGGGCUGGAGGUACUUUCUCAUCACGAUGGGCGGCCUGGCUCUACUCAUGUGUCUGGCGCGAUUGGUCUUUUUCACCCUUUUCGAGUCCCCAAAGUUUCUCAUGGGCAAAGGCCGAUACGAAGAGUCCGUCGCUGUCAUCCAUGAAGUCGCGCGCCGAAACGGAACCACAUCGUCUCUGUCCGUAGAAGACUUGCUCGACGAGUGUACUACCUCUGGCACCGACACCACUGCAAUACCAACAGCGCCGACUUCUCCUCGUGGGCUGAGCGCAGCCGAUCAGCUCCGCAUGCGUCUCGAGCCACUCACGGCGCCCUACAUUCGCGCACUCUUCAGCAGCCCCCGUCGCGCCUGGACGACGAGUCUCAUGAUCCUCAUCUGGGCCCUGAUCGGGUUAGGCUUUCCUCUCUACAACAACUUUCUCCCCUACCUGCAACAGACCCGGGGAGUCCAAUUCGGCGAUGGCUCCACAUACAUCACCUACCGGAACUCCCUCAUCAUUGCCGCGGUCGGAGUGCCCGGGAGUCUUGUCGGUGGCGUAAUGGUCGAGCUGCCGCGUUUCGGGAGAAAGGGUACGUUGUGCCUCGCUACAUUAUCAACCGGUGCGUUCCUGCUCGCCUCCACAACGGCGACCACCUCGGGUGCCCUCUUGGGGUGGAACUGUGCCUACAGCUUCACCAGCAGUCUGCUGUACGCGGUGCUGUACGCAUACACGCCGGAGAUCUUCGAGACGCAGCACCGUGGCACGGGGAACGCGUUGGUCGGCGGUGCGAAUCGUAUCGGGGGCAUCCUGGCGCCGAUUAUCGCGAUGGUUGCCAAUGUACAGACCUCCGUGCCGGUGUACAUCAGUGGAGGCAUGUUCCUGCUCGCCGGGCUGUUGGUGCUCCUGAUUCCCUACGAGACAAGGGGCAGGAUGAGCUUGUAAUACCCUACCUCUGUCGGAAGACUAGUACAAAUGCCGGGUUGGUCACAUACCUCAGGGAUGGAUGAUGUUGUGUUCGUACGACGCGUCGAUUGUACACGGCAGGUUACCUACAUUGCAGACAUAGUUGUGAGUGGCAGGGGAUGCCACCAGUCAUAGUCGACAGGAGCAGAAAAGAGGAAAGCAAAAGCAGGCCACCUACGGACCCUGUCCGCCCCGUAAAGAAAAGACUCCUUGCCCCCUUCAUCCCCGUAGAUGC